GAUAUUUUCUGCCAUGAUAAAUCUUCAUUAUUUCCAUUGCAAUUAUGAAGGUUAUGUUAUACAUAACUAUACAUUUGAUACAUUUAAAAGGAUUCCAUUAAAUUAUCUAAGUAUCAAUGGCAGUAUACGGGAAAUAGAAAUCGAUACUUUCGCACCGUUAGAAGUACUUUCUAGUCUUAUUACGCGUGGUCAAAGAUUCUCGAAAUUAUCAAAUACAUUACAAGCUUUACACGUGUUUGAAAAUCGACAGAUGGAUGAAUUGGAUUUGAGCAAUAAUUUCAAAAGUUAUGGUGAAUACGUUAUUUCGGCUGAUCUAUUUGCAUAUAUCGGUAACAUAUGCGUAAAACGAUUAUCUUUAAGAGACAACGGUAUCAGGCUUAUAGAUGCAUCCGCCUUCCAGAAAAUGAAAUAUAGAAACUGUCUUGAGAAUUUAAAUUUAAGUGACAAUAAAUUUGAUUUUCACCAGGAAUAUAUCUUUCUAUAUUUCAAUUACUUUAUCAAUAUCAAGAGAAUAGACAUAUCUUCAAUUACUGGUAACUUUAUUCAAAAUAUUCAAAAACAAAAGAGUGACAGUUCUAGACGAACGAGAUACCAUGGUCUUAAAAUUGACACGCCAAAAGAUUACGCAAUAAGACUUCCUUCUUCUCUCGAAUUCUUUAACGCCUCCUUUUUAAUUGCCCAUGGUUUUGGCAUCAUAAACAGUAUAACUUUCAAGGGUAUCCCACAUUUAAAAAUAAUAGAUUUGACGUACACAUCACUUGCAGACUGCAAUUACACAUUCAAUGGACUUCAGAACGUGGUAAUACUUAAUGUUUCACAUUUCAAAUGCGAACUUUUAAAUCACAACCUUCUGCAAUCUGCCGUCAAUUUGGAACAGUUAAUAAUGCAAAGUUCUUCACUAAGUGUUGGUUUUAAAGAGGAUUACCAAGGUAAAUUCCUCGAAGGACUCAAACAUUUGCAGUAUAUAGACUUUUCAAGAAAUGCAUUCGAAGACCAGUUCAGAACUUCAACAUUUAAAAGUCAAUUUGACAGUUUACAAUGUUUGAUACUUGAAGGAAAUUUUUUCACAAGUAUUCCCUUGAAUCUAGAAGACUUGAACCGUCUUAGUUUCCUAAACAUCAGAAACAACAAAAUAGCGUAUUUGACAACUGAAGAAACUGACGCGAUUGAAGUGCUAUUUGAAAAAUCAAAUGAAACAAUGACAGUCUUAUUAGAGGGAAACCCCCUUGUUUGUACUUGUGCUUCAUUAGAUUUUGUUGAAUGGCUAUUUACUACAAAAAUAAAACUUGACAGCAAUGGUAGUUAUUCGUGCGUCGGAAACGAUGGAAAUAUUACAACAACAAAUAUCGUCUACAAUCACUUGCGAAUUUUGAGAAUAAGAUGUAUUACUACAGUAUGGUUAAUUUUUUCUGCAACUUUAUUCAGUGUUCUUCUUUUAUUCAUUCUAAUUGGAUAUCGUUACAAAUUGCACCUACAAUACUUUUGUUUAUUUAUCGGAAUGGCAAAUCCACUUUUCCGGAAGUCAAAAGAAGAAUCACUUGAAUAUGAUGCAUAUGUAGCUUAUUGCGAUGGAGACUAUAAAUGGGUAUAUGGACCUUUGCGCUUAUUUCUCGAAGAGAGACGGAAUUACAAACUUCUUUUGUUAGAUAGAGGAGAUGUCCUUGCUGGAGAACAUAGACUUUUUGCUUUAAACAAUUCAAUUCCAAAAUGCAAAAAGAUAAUCUUAGUGAUUUCAAAAGAGUUUGUUAACAAUGAUUGGGCAUACUAUGAAGCUACUGUCGGAAUUGAACAUUUUCUAGGAUUACAAGCAAGAAUAAUUGUUAUAAACCUGGAAAAUAUAACAAAAACAGAAAUACCGCAAUGUGUUCUUCAAAUGAUGGCAUUGGAUGCCAAUGACCACAUUCGUAAAACAGACACAUUUAAUGAAAAUAACAUUUUCUGGAAAUGUUUGGAUAAAGCCAUGGAACGGUAGUGAUAACAACUUUGUCAUUUAUAAAUGAUAAAAUUAUAAUACAAAACAAUUUUCAAAUUUAAACUUAUUCCAUUGAAUAUUCUGGGAUAUCUAAAUGAUUGAGCUUUGUUUUAGAAAAGAAUAAGAGAAAGACAUUAAUAUAUUACAUUUUGUUUAAGGUUCAUGUGGACCCUAUGACUAAAAUGGUCAUACUUUCACCUCACCUCUGGAAAACACCAACCCCUAAGAAAAACAAAUGUCGAAUAUUUUUUAAAUCAUUUUGAGUUAAAUUUUACAUUUAUUUGGAAGUAUAACUAUUAUUUAUCAAGUCACGAAAAAGGAAAGAGGAAGUACCAAAAUUCAAUGCAUCAAUCACCAACAUCAAAGUACCCAACGAAAAAGGAAAAGAGGAAGUACCAAAAUUCAAUGCAUCAAUCACCAAAAUCCAAGUACCUAACAAAAAGGGAAAAGAAGAAGUACCACAAUUCAACGCAUCAAUCACCAACAUUCAAGUACCCAACGAAAAAGGAAAAUAGGAAGUACCAUAAUUCAACGCAUCAAUCACCAAUAUUGAAGUACCCAACGUUAAAAAAUAAACAAACAUCACGUGACUGUCAUUAAAAAAUGUGAAACUAUUUUGUAAAAUAUGUUUUUGAUAUAAUUUCCUUGUACCGUGACGCAUGCAACCCAUGUGUAUUGUGUUCAAUAUAAAUUAAAUAUUCUAACAGGAUGUGACAACGUUGCAUGCAAUAGUAAAGUUUAUGUGCAUUUAAACGAUAACGGUUUUCUUUCAUUUUAAAUACCACUUCAAUAUACCCAAAUCUAUUUCGUAUAAAAUAACUUAUCUUAACAGGUAAAAGAAUUCGAAUAAAUCGAAAUAAAGAUAAGAAGGAGUGACACACUUUAAAUGCAUAAAUAAAUAAAACUUCUUCUAUUUAAAACUGUAACGGCUGUGUCUUUUUAUUAGAUCCAAGAGCACGUACUUUAAAUAACAAUCCACAUAUCAUUUGGAUUAUUUGAAGCAAUAUUCUAAAUAGCCAUUACUGUUUUUAUACUUGAAUUUAUAAUGAAACUGCAUUGUUUUGUGUAAAGGGAUGGGAAGGCAAAUAUUUGGCUUUGAGCGUUCCUGAUAAAGGUAAAUCAAGAAAAGCGCUUCGAACGCAUUAACUUAUUAAACGUGUUGGUUUCAUCUUUUGAUUUAAAAGUAAACCAUAAAAGGCCAAGACCCGCUUUUCUAUAUUUUUACUGUAAUGUAUAACAUGUAUAUGUAGAUUUUUUAAAUAGUUUGCUUACAAAAGAUUGAGUAAUUGUAGUUUAAGGAGUAUACAUUUGUACAUCAAUGAUACAAU